AUGGACUCGGCGCCAGCCUUUGCCAUGGACAAGCCGUUCGCCCCCGGCGCCGUGCGCGGCCCGGAGCCGCCCGAAAACGCUCAAAGCCGGAAAAACUUCAGCGUGAGCCACCUCCUCGACCUGGAGGAGGUGGCGGCCGGUAUGAACGGGACCCCCGCGGCCGGUCCCCCGCCCGCCGGUGGCGGCAAGGCCAUCCCGGAGCCGUCGGGAGGCAGCAGCGGCAGCGAGGCAGCGCCCCAGGACGGAGAGAGCCUGAGCCCCAGCUGUGGGGCAGCCAAGAGGAAGAAGAAGCAGAGGAGGAACCGCACCACCUUCAACAGCAGCCAGCUGCAGGCUCUGGAGAGGGUCUUUGAGAGGACACACUACCCCGACGCCUUUGUGCGGGAGGAGCUGGCCAGAAGGGUCAACCUCAGCGAGGCCAGAGUCCAGGUGUGGUUCCAGAACCGGAGGGCCAAGUUCCGCCGUAACGAGAGGGCGAUGCUGGCCAACAGAUCGGCGUCGCUGCUCAAAUCCUACAGCCAAGAAGCAGCCAUUGAGCAGCCCAUGGCUCCACGACCCACUGCACUGACCCCUGAGUAUCUCUCGUGGACCAGCACCUCCCCGUACAGCACUGUGCCCUCCUACAGCUCCAGCGGGACCGCAACGCCCACCCAAGGGGUGAACAUGGCCAACAGCAUCGCCAGCCUGCGCCUCAAAGCCAAAGAGUUCAGCCUCCAUCAGAACCAGGUGCCGACGGUGAACUGAGCAGGGAAACCCCAUCCCAUGGCCUCCUCCGGGAUACAGCGUGGAGCUCCAGGACAAAUCCACUGCCUGCCCAACACACAAGCCACUCAUCCAAUGUCUCAGCAUCUUCUCUCCUCUUCCCUUCCCUUCUGAAGGUAGAGUCAGUCCCAGGCCGAAGUGGCACAUAAUUAUAGCCACAUAUGGAGCGAACUUGGUGAGAAACUUGCUUUUCCGCACACCCUUAUAAUAACGGCUAUAUAUACACACAUACCCCCCACGCGCUCUUUGAGGACAAACAGACUUGCCAAGGGAACAAGAAUUUGCUUCCAAACAUGGAAGGAUCUUGGACUAUUGGAUUUGACCAAUUUGGGUAUCUUGCCCAGAGAGCCAAAGAGUUAUUGGGUCUUCUCCUCCCGCAGGGACAGUGUGGGAGGAUCACGGGCCCCCCUUUCCACCAGGCUGUGACUUGUGGCGCUCAACUGUGUGUGCCAAAGCUGAUCCAUGUGUUCGUUUCUUUGUGCGACCCCAGCCACAGUGUGGGGUUUGGGACUUCCCAAAGUUUGGGACUUUGGGAAGCCGAUGGCUCACCCAUGCCAUGGCCAGUCUUGGCCAGCCCUCUGCACUGUGCUUCCUGCAUUUAGGAGCUGCCUAUGCUGAUGGCAUCGGGCUUUGUCCCUCGCCAGAGGGGCAAGCAGAGCUGCAGCACCUCAACAGACCCUCCUGGAGCCUGUGAGCUCCCCCGUGAGCUGGGGAUGCGUCGCCAAUCCCCAGGCAGGCACCACUGCCCUGCCUCGGUGGAUUUGCCAGCGAUUCUGCAGAGCCCCAGGUCAUUGAGCAGGCCCAGGGAAUGAGAAAAUUGGAAAAAGCUGUUGGGUUUCAGCUGAGUAGGCGGCUCCCAGCGCUUCGUGCCAACGAAGGCUUCGCCUUCCGGAGGCACAGCCUCCCCGUCGGCAGCUCCGCAGAUGUGCUCGGGGGUCUGGGGCCGGCAGCUCCAUGGGGGGAGGCUUUUUUGGUUUUGCAGAAAGGAAAUGGUUUCCCCCUCAUCCCACCCUACUGCGCAGCCUAAUGAGGUUCCAAGGUGAGAAGUGCAGGGGAUGGACACGGGGUGGGCAGCCUGGUCCUAAUCCAUGGGACUGAGCUGUGGAGAGACGCAGCCUCCACCUUCCCCUGCCCGUUCCACAGCCAGAGUGCUGAGGUGUGGUGUCCCUGUGGACAAAGCCCACUGGAAACCAGAUCACCCUUUCCUCACCCACUGGAAAGAGCCACCAGCCAAGCAUGGGGACACCACCAGCUCAGAGGGGUGGCCUGGACAGAGAAGACACAGCCCUACUUCCCUGGAAGGGGCUGGUUUGGGGGCUGCAGCAAUAGAUCUGAGGACAAAUAGAGCAGUUGCUGAGGUGCCUGCUCCAGGUAAACAUCCUCUGGUUGGUGACACUGAGGCUGAAAGUGCCACAGCUACAAAGUGCCCACCUGAGUCCCCAGAGCUCCCCGGGACAUCCUCUCCCAUUCCCACUGGGACUCUCACUGAAGCUGCAUGUGGGACCCAGUGGCUGUGACACCAGGGCCAUCAGCUGCACCCCUGGCAAUGCCAGCAUGAGGGGACUCAGCCAGCACCCAGAGCUGGAGACCUGAUGGGAGAACCAUCUCCUCUUCCUGGGCAUGAACAGCCCCUCCAUCCUGCCUCCAGCCUUCUCUGCUCUACAGUGCAGCCCCCAGCUGGGAACAGCUACGUUCUCCCCCUCAAACCUGGCAGGCAGGGAGAGGGCACAGCCUGAGUGACACUGUCCACCUCCUCCAGGGAGCAGUGUCACCCACUGUCACCCCAAAUACCCACCCUCUGCCCCCAUCUGUAUUUCCAGGGCUGGUAUCCCUCCCAUCUGUCAUGCCAGCUCCCCACACUGCACAGAGACCUGCCAGGCCAGGGGGAAGAGGGAUCCACUGUGGAUCAAGUCAUCCACACUGAGAAACACCACUUGGGGCAGGAGGAGGGGGCCAGGGGGUCCUAUUCCCAUGGAAAGCACAGGGCUCUUUUUUCGGUUAUACAAGAUGAAACCACAGGGAUAUAAAUGUUGCUGCCUCUUUGAGAACAUUAAUGAAAAUAAACCCAUUUAAUAGUUUGCAGAUGCUGUUUCUGUAAACCUAAAAAAAGCAGGGAAUAAAUAUUUCUUCACUAAAUAUCUAUAUGUAUAUAUAUAUUUGAAAACAUUUGCUCCUAAUCUUAGGGCCCCUCCUUUGCUGUGCUUUUGGCAGCUUAUCACAGCUUGUCAGUCAAUGCUGAACUCACCAAGAAGAGAUACAAAUUGCACCCAUGGAGGGGUAGCAGGACUGAGGGAUUAUUGUAAUCUAAGCUCUCUCUCGCCCUUUCUAUUUGUACAUUUCAAUUACUUGUAACAAGAUCCAUGGUGGAUUUUUUUUUUUUCUUCUGCAUGUCUGUGUUUUGGAAAUUUUUGUAAGGUUUUUGUAAAAACAACUCUUGUGAAAUAAUGGAGGAAUAAAUAUUUUACUGAGUAGAGACGUGUCAGUGCAUGUGAUAGGGACCUGAGUCUUCCAUCACCAGCCACUGUGGUUUCCCCACCUGCCCUGGACAAGCAGCCUGGGCAGAAAUUGAAUUAAGAGGCAGCAAGGAGGGUCAGAUUCUGCACAGAAGUCGAGCUGAAAGAGCCCAAAGGGUGGAAAUAAACCAUCAGAUUGUAGAGCACUUUCCAGGGAGUGAAGGCCCACAGGUGCAGAGCAGGCACUGAGCACCCAAACAAGAGGAAUCAAUGGUCAGGCAAAGGUGAUACCAAGUAGUUGAGGCAGCAAAGUUAAAAAGCAAAGUUAAACAGGGCUCCAGAAGCUCACAGUGCUGAGCUAUCCAGCAGCAGAUUUAAUGCAAUGUGGAGAGGUGUCAAGAUGUGCCCAGGGGAAACUGCCCAGCACAUGCUCAGACUGAAAGGCAGCGAGUCAAGUGGCAGGAAUUGCUAGGAAAUUGCUAGCUCUCUGAUCUAGGCAGAAAGUGUCCUCACUGCACAAAUAAAGCCUGAAAUCCAUUGUGCCAAGAUAUUGUGGAGAUCAAUGCUAUGGUGCAUUCAGAUAGGGUAAGAAAGUUAAUGGUGGGUGGGUGUGUGUUGGUGCAACACAAGGGAUUGAGCAGGGAUUGGCGGGGAUUCAGCUGCCUGUGCAGAAAUCUGCUGCCCUGCCGACUUCCAGGAGAGCUGGGAGGAGAAGGGACACCUGGGUUUCCCCUGUUUCUUUUACUUGCCUUCACCUGCUGACUUGCAGCAGCCUCCUGUCAGGCCAGCUCACAUGGUGUCACUUACAGGAUGGCUCUGUCACCUCCUCCUCCCCCCAGGCCAUCCUCAAUCCCCCACACAGCCAGGGGACCACGACGCUAUCCCACAGACCCAGAGAGGCUCAGCUCCAUGGGAGCCCAGAAUCAGCUCCCUCCCAGCAGCAGCCUUUGUCCCUCCCAUCACCAGUGGCCACUGGGACAUGUGGAUCCAAGGUUGAGGAAGGAAGGACCCCUAAACAAUGCAUU